GCUGCUUCUACCACUUUUUCCGUGACCUUUUUUUUUUUUGUCUUCUGUUGGCUCCGAAAUCUCCCUCGUUUUCUCUCUAACGCAGCCUUGAACGUUCACUCUCUCGGUUCCUUUCCGAUUCUCUCAGUUCCUUGCCGCAUAUUUGGCUGUUUGGGUCUUGUUUCCAGUGUGUAUUACGUUAGGCAGGACACAGCAGAGUGAAUUGCAAUUUGCCAGCGAUUGGUUAUGUGCAUUGAUUGGCAUGAGCACUGCUUGCAUUCAAACAAAGAGAGCAGUAUACUGACCUCGCUUGUUCCCAGCUUGAAGAACCAAUCAGUGUUUGCCCCUAUUUAAUUUGUGGGUAAAAACCACCUAAUUUUGGGUUUCUGAUUGGCCAUGGCUGAUUUUAUGACCUCUACCCACCGAGCCAAGUGGAUCUUCUCUCCUCAAAAACUGGUUGAGAAAUAUGAAGCUGCUAAUCAGAGAGCCAGACAAACCCUAGAGAAGUGUGGAGCAACUCUAAUGGAAGUAGAUGUUGACGGGUCUUUAUCAUAUCCUGAACCCCAGACGACUGCAAACGAUAGUGCUGAAAAGCAUUCUCGGAUAAAACCUCUUAGUAUUGAAGAAGAACAAUGUAUUAAAGUAUUUUAUGAAAACAAGCUACAAGAAGUGUGUAAAAAUUUUCACUUCCCUCAUAAGAUCCAGGCAACAGCCCUCAUAUUUUUUAAAAGAUUCUAUCUGCAAUGGUCGGUGAUGGAACAUCAACCAAAAAAUAUAAUGUUGACCUGCAUAUAUGCUGCUUGUAAGAUAGAAGAAAAUCAUGUUUCAGCUGAGGAGCUCGGCAAGGGGAUUUCACAGGAUCAUCAAAUGAUUCUCAAUAAUGAGAUGAUAGUUUAUCAGAGUCUGGAAUUUGAUCUUAUAGUUUAUGCUCCAUAUCGCUCAGUUGUUGGCUUUACAGAUUAUAUGAAGGAAUUUUGCAAUGCUGGUGAGGACGAGCUUCAAACACUCAAGGCUUUGCAAAAUACAGCAACACUGGAAAUUGAUAAAAUGAUGCUUACAGAUGGACCACUCUUAUUUCCUCCUGGGCAGAUGGCCUUGGCCGGUCUGCGCACCUCAAAUGCCCUCCAUAACGUUGUUGACUUUGAUAGUUUUCUGAGCAGAAUUUUGUCCCAUCAGAAUUCCAUGCAUACAAUGGCUGAGCUUCAGGAAUCAUUAGAUGCAAUUGAUUCUUGGGUUAGAAAAUACAGAAGUCCUUCUGAGAAGGAAUUGAAGCAUAUCAACCGGAAACUGAAGUCUUGUUGGGGUCUUAGCUCUCAUGACGAGGGAAAGAAGAGGGAGAAGAAAUCAAAGCACAAGUCCAAAAAGAGCUCAAAUGAAGCACAAAACACAUAGUCUCUUUUCUAGUUUUUAUUACAUUCAAUUGAGGCUCUUCUGAAUUUUGGAAGGGAGUUUGUUUUUGUUUUUGUUUUUGUUUCUAUUGAACUUGAAGGACGGAGUGUUGAAAAGUAAUUGGUUGGAGAGGAGGAGAGAAGGAGCCAAAUCCAUAGCAAGUUCUAGCCCAUCUCCAAAUGUGGGGGAAUUUGAAUGGAAAAAAUAUUUAAGGUUUAUCCCCCCACUAAAGGUGCAAGAGCAUUAGUAACUGACCAAGAAUCUUAGGAAAACUCCUGCAGCAAGCUUAAUAGCGAGUCUGAUUUUGGUAUGUUUGCUGAUCCGUGAUGUCUCUCGAUUGCUUUUUGUAUGACAUUACGCCCCAGCGAACUAAUUGAUACAUCUAAUGUUAUUCCUUGUUUUUUUCUUCUUCUAAA